GAAAUUUUAGUAAAAGAAAAAUAUAAAAAUAAAGCAUGACGUCAUCAAAGAAUAUAAGCCCAUUAAAAGUCAAGUAGGAGAACCUUUGGGUUUUAUUCGUUUUGUUAUUUAAUAUUACUUAUGAAUAUAUUUUUGUGUACCUCUGUGUUUUAUACAUAUAUCACAUUAGAUUUUUUAUUUGCAUAAAAUUUAAAACUUAAAUAAGUAUAAUCUCUACAAAAUUCAAUAUUCUAUUAAUAGCAUUAAGAUUACUUGUUAAUGAUUUGUUCUAUAAGAACUAAAUUAUGAAAAAUAAAUUAAACAAAAGUUAAAUUUUUGAUAGAAGCUUAGUUAUCAAAAAAUGUUUAAAAUUUACAGCAGUGCAAAAAACAUAAACUCUCUCGGAAAAAAAAUUUAAAAACAUUGAAGUUCGAAUUUCAAAUAGUAAAUAAUGGACAGUCUAGUAGAAGAAAAUGGAAAUUCCAGUUUGGAUCCACUGGCCGAUACUACUUCAACUACAACAACCUCACAAAGUUCAAAUUCUCACAACAAUUCAACAGUGUUAACAACUGGAACAAACAUUGUUCAAUUUAUACCAACAUCUAGUAUUUCGACACAAUCUGUAAUUCAACCUAAUCAGUCAUCCGUGAUACAAACGGCGGCGAACUUGCAUCCUGUUACAUUACAAAAAGGUGUUUUAUAUGUUAAGCAGCCAAAUACAGUCAUACAAACAGCAUUAGGAGCAAAUACAGUACAAAUUAAACCUGAACCAAACACACAUCAUACAUUUGAUACUAACAGUGAUGAAAGUUUUACUGAUGAAGAUUCACCAAGAAGACAUCGAGACUUAACACGACGACCAUCUUACCAUAAAAUACUUAAAGACAUAAGCGGUGGGCCAGAUAUUGGUGGUCAACUACCUAUUCAAAUCAACGAAAGUGGUGGCAUUUCAGCAAUUGCCCCCUCUGGUACUAGUACAAUAAUAUGUCAGGAUCCCUCUUCGUUUUAUUUACCCAAUACGCCUGGGAAUGAAGAUCAAAGUAGAAAACGUGAAAUUCGAUUACAAAAAAAUCGAGAAGCUGCAAGAGAAUGUAGGAGGAAAAAGAAAGAAUAUAUUAAAUGUUUAGAAAAUCGAGUUGCCGUUUUAGAAAACCAAAACAAAGCUUUAAUUGAUGAAUUAAAAUCUCUUAAGGAAUUAUAUUGUCAGACAAAGAAUGAUUGAGGAAGGCUUAAAAAACCUGAUUGAGUUACAAUAUUAAUAAAGUAAAUUUAAAAUUUAAAUAAAAAAAUAAUCAAAUAUAAAAUAUUAAAAAAAAUAAGUAAAAUAAAAAUUUAUUUAAAAAAAAAAGAAAUAUUUUCAAAUAAAAUUUGAAAAACAAAAAACUUUUAAAAAGACUUUGACGAGAGAAUACAAAGAAAAUUUUUUUCUUUUGCAGUUCAACAAAAGAAAAAUUAUUUAUUGAAAAAAAAAAAACAAAAAUAAAUAAAAUAAAACAAAAUACAUUGUUUAUUAUAAUAUUUUCUUGUUGUUCUUUAACUAGAAAUACAUAUUUGUAAAACUGUUGUUGUUUAACUUGAAUUGACUAAUUGAAGUUAGGAUUCACAGAAGGAAAAUGAAUGUUUUGCAAAAUGAAUAUGAAUUUUUCAAACUUUUGAGUGUAACAACAGUUAUAAGGAAAAUAUUCAAAAAAUUUGCAUUGGAAAUACAAUUUGUAAUUUAACAAGAAAGUGUAAAAACUAAAUUCUCAAUAAAAACAAAAAAAACUUAGCUAAAUUUUGAAAUCUAGCUCUUUGGAGAAGUAUAAAUAUAAAUCUCGAAAUGUUUGAAGAAAAAUAUGUCUCAUAUAAAACGAGAUUAUAUAUUUUUUUUAUACCAACUUUUAAUAUUGUAUAAUUAAAUUAAAACACAAAAUUUUACUUGUUUUCUAAAAAAAAUUGCUUUAUUUUUAUUUCCUCAUCUUUUUUAUUUUUAAAUUAUAU